UCAGAUCAGUCCAGUCACCAGACUAACAGACACACAUUUUGAUUCAGAGCGACCACAGACAUUUUCAGUAUGGAGACAAGUGGAAAAGACAAUAGUAAAAAAGGCGGGAACAUGCUUUAAAAAGUCAUCCUGUGUUCCUGGAAUCAAGAAGUUGCAGUUCUGCAAUCAAAAAACAAGUCUGCAGAGCUUAAAGACGGUGAAAGAGACCAGACUGUUGAACAAGAGCAGUCUGUGGAACCAACAUCCUACAACCAAGACGAGAGGGAGGAACCCUAAGCUAUCGAGGUAGCACCCUGCCAGCAAGACAAAGAGGAGAGAGCCAAUAAGGAACCACCCUCAGCAGGGACAGAAAAGGGUACAUCAGGAGUUUAAAUUGAUGAAAAAGAGAAUUCGGCCUCAGAAAAUGCUGGGCAUCCCUCAGAGAACCCCUGAGGAGUCCCAGAUUCCCGCAGCACCUGUGGAACCGCAGCCAGCUGUAACACCUGAACUAGCGCUGGCUGUGACAUCAGGACCAGAGCCAACUCCCAAACCACAUCCUGCUGUGAAACCUGAAGAACCACAACCUGCUGUGACACCUGAAGAAACACAGCCUGCUGUGACUCAAGAUGCUGAUGUGAAAACCAGUGAUGAGUUGGAGAUCUACCUUGAGAAGACCCAGCAAGGUCUGAUUCUGAUCCCUGAGCUUGAGCUUCAUUGGAUCAUGGGCAAGAAGGAGGAGAAGAUAUCUACAUUAGAGAAAGAAAAGGUGGCCUUGCUCAAUGAGGUAGAGCAGUUGAAACAACUGCUCAAACAUCAAAGGGCAGAGGCAAACCAUGAGUUGGAGGUCCUCCUGGUUGAGUUUUCCACAAAACCAAAGUCUGCUGUGACACACAAACCACAGCCUGCUGUAACACCCGAGGAACCGAAGCCUCCAGUGACACCUGGGGAGCCAAAGUCUCCUGUCACACCCGGGGAACCAAAGCCUGCUGUGACAACCGAACCACAAGAAGGUGCUCAUGAGAAAAUCAGUGAUGAGUUGGAGAGCUACCUUGAAAAGACCCAACAAGGUCUGAUUCAGAUCCCUGAGCUCGAGUUACAUUGGCUCGUGGGCAAGAAGGAGGAGAAGAUAUCUACAUUGGCAAAAGAAAAUGUGGCCUUGCUCAAUGAAGUAGAGCAGUUGAAACAACUGCUCAAACAUCAAAGGGCAGAGGCAAACCAUGAGUUAGGGGUCCUCCUGGUUGAGCUUUCUAAAAAACCAAAGCCUGCUGUGAAAAUCGGGGAACCAAAACCUAAUGUUACAUCCAGGGAACUAAAGCCUGCUGUGACACCUGGGUCACAGAAGCCUGCUGAUACUCCCGAAGAACCACAGCCUGCUGUGACACCUGGAGAACCAAAGCCUACUGUGACAUCCAGGGAACAAAAGCCUGCAGUGACACCUGGAGAACCAAAGCCUAUUGUGGCAUCCAGGGAACAAAAGCCUGCUGAUACUCCCGAAGAACCACAGCCUGCUGUGACACCUGGAGAACCAAAGCCUACUGUGACAUCCAGGGAACAAAAGCCUGCAGUGACACCUGGAGAACCAAAGCCUAUUGUGGCAUCCAGGGAACAAAAGCCUGCUGAUACUCCCGAAGAACCACAGCCUGCUGUGACACCUGGAGAACCAAAGCCUACUGUGACAUCCAGGGAACAAAAGCCUGCAGUGACACCUGGAGAACCAAAGCCUAUUGUGGCAUCCAGGGAACAAAAGCCUGCUGAUACUCCCGAAGAACCACAGCCUGCUGUGACACCUGGAGAACCAAAGCCUACUGUGACAUCCAGGGAACAAAAGCCUGCAGUGACACCUGGAGAACCAAAGCCUAUUGUGGCAUCCAGGGAACAAAAGCCUGCUGAUACUCCCGAAGAACCACAGCCUGCUGUGACACCUGGAGAACCAAAGCCUACUGUGACAUCCAGGGAACAAAAGCCUGCAGUGACACCUGGAGAACCAAAGCCUAUUGUGGCAUCCAGGGAACAAAAGCCUGCUGAUACUCCCGAAGAACCACAGCCUGCUGUGACACCUGGAGAACCAAAGCCUACUGUGACAUCCAGGGAACAAAAGCCUGCAGUGACACCUGGAGAACCAAAGCUUAUUGUGGCAUCCAGGGAACAAAAGCCUACUGUGACAUCCAGGGAAGUAAAGCCUGCUGUGACACCUGGAAAACCAAAGCUUGCUGCUGUGACACGCGGAGAACCAAAGCCUGCGGCUGUCACACCCGGGGAUCCACAGCCUGCUGUGACACCUGGAGAACCAAAGCUUGCUGCUGUAACACAAAGGGAACCAAAGCCUGCGGCUGUCACACCCGGGGAACCACAGCCUGCUGUGACACCUGGAGAAUCAAAGCUCGCUGCUGUGACACACGGGGAACCAAAGCCUGUGGCUGUCACACCCGGGGAACCACAGCUUGCCGUGACACCUGGAGAACCAAAGCCUGCUUCUGUGACACGCAGGGAACCAAAGCUUGCUGCUGUGACACGCUGGGAACCUAAGCCUGCGGCUGUCACACCUGAUGAACCAAAGCCUGCUGCUUUGACACACGGGGAACCAAAGCUUCCCACUGUGACACACAGGGAACCGAAGCCUGCUGCUGUGACACGCAGGGAACCAAAGCCUGCUGCUGUGACACACUGGGAACCUAAGCCUGCUGCUGUGACACGCAGGGAACCUAAGCCUGCGGCUGUCACACCCAGGGAACCAAAGCUUGCUGUGACACACAGGGAACCAAAGCCUGCUGCUGUGACACAUAGGGAACCAAUGCCUGCUGCUGUGACACCUGAUGAACCAAAGCCUGCUGCUUUGACACACGGGGAACCAAAGCUUGCUACUGUGACACGCAGGGAACCAAAGCCUGCUGCUGUGACACACGGGGAACCAAAGCCUGCUGCUGUGACACGCAGGGAACCAAAGCUUGCUGCUGUGACACACAGGGAACCUAAGCCUGCUGCUGUGACACGCAGGGAACCAAAGCUUGCUGCUGUGACACGCUGGGAACCUAAGCCUGCUGCUGUGACACGCAGGGAACCAAAGCUUGCUGCUGUGACACGCUGGGAACCUAAGCCUGCUGCUGUGACACGCAGGGAACCAAAGCUUGCUGCUGUGACACGCUGGGAACCUAAGCCUGCUGCUGUGGCAUGCGGGGAACCAAAGCAAGGUGCUGAUGUGAAAACCAGUGACAAGUUGGAAAUCUAUCUUCAGAAGACCCAGCAAGGUAUGAUUCAGAUCCCUGAUAUUGACCUUCAUUGGCUGAAGAUAUCUACAUUAGAAAAAGAAAAGGUGGCCUUGCUCAAUGAGGUAGAACACUUGACACUACUGCUCAAAAAUCAAAGGGCAGAGGCAAACCAUGAGUUGGGGGUCCUCCUGGUUGAGCUUUCUAAAAACAGGAAGACGAAAAGGGACGCUAUCCUUACAACUGAAAAGCUAGAGGAAGCUCUCAAAAUUGAAAAAGAGAAGCGGAAGGAGGCAGAGACAUGCUUGGCCAAACAAAAAGAGGAAACUUCCAGAGCGAAGGCAGCACUGGCCCAGGCACACAAGGACCUGGAGAACGAGAGACACCAGUGGACUGAGUCCAGAUCCUGUCUACUGGCUAAGCAGUUUGAGGAAACCAACAGCAUGAAGGCAGCAUUGAAUCAGGCACAGGAGAAGCUGGAUAACGAGAGACGCCAAUGGCAAGUUGAAAAGUCCUGUCUCCAGGGGGCUAUCAGAACUACUGAGAAGACCCUCGAGGAGAAGGAGGGAGAGAGAACAAAAUCCAGGAGUGGCUUGAUGGAGAGUGUAAUGAAACUGGAAAAUCAGAUGGAGGAAGCCCAGAAAAAAACUAAGAAAAGAUCUUUAAGGAAAAGAUUCCUACAGGUCUUUAAAAAAACUGGAUAGACCACUUCUGCAUCUGACCUCUGACCUCCUCUGCCACACCCAUUCAACCUUCACCCAAGACCCCGUCAAACCCCCCCUCCUCAGGAUUCCCAUCCCCCUACCUUACCACCUCUCCACCCCUUCUCCCCCACCUUCCCUCUUUCCCUCCCUCACCCCAGAUCCCCCACCUUCCCACCCCACCCCACCACAGUUCCCUCACCUUCCCACCUCACCAACUUUCUCACCCUCACCCCAGAUCUCCCACAUUUCCACCCCCACCCUCCCCCACAACUCCCCCAACACGUAUCCUGUUACUGUAUGUAUUUUUUGUCCUGUCUUGUGUUCUUUCUCUUAAUAAAUGUAUGAAAUAUA